AUGGGUACCGCAGUCAUCGAGACCAAUCACGGUGUCGUGGUACUUGAUCUACUUCCGGAUAUAGCUCCCGAGACGGUAAGAAACUUUGAGAGUCUGGCCAAAUCGGGCUUUUACGACGGAACCUUAUUCCACAGGGUAAUACCCGGAUUUAUGAUCCAGGGCGGGGAUCCCAACACCAAGACACCCGACAAAGGCACGUGGGGAACGGGAGGACCUGGCUACUCCAUCAAGGCAGAGUUUAACCCAAAAUCACACCUGAGAGGCACAGUCUCCAUGGCGCGGGCAGUCGAUCCCGACAGCGCGGGCUCGCAGUUCUUCAUAGUCACCACCGACAGCGCAUUUCUUGAUCACCAGUAUACUGCAUUUGGCCAGGUCAGCACGGGGAUCGAGGUCGCAGACAAAAUUGUAAAUCUUCCCAGGGACAGCAGGGACUGCCCACGCCAGGAAGCCCGGAUACUCAAAAUUUCGGUCUCGGGGUAG